UUAAGCGUUCCUGUCCUGUUGCCAUGAUGUCAUGUAGCAGUAAAUACAUGUGACUUCUUUUUUUAGACCACCUUAGUUUCCACAUUCGUCUUCCCUCUGUGCAUGUCCUUUAUCCAUGGCCAGCAGCACAAGUACAAGACCCAAUUCUUCAUCUAAUAAAAGAGAGGCUGUCACCAGUCUUACUCGGUUGUAUUUUAUUCAACUAACAGAAGGAUGUAAAAGCGAGGGAUGUAACAACCCGUACUGUGCCACUGGGAGUGGUAAACCUAUCGAUCAAAAUCAAGCUGCUGCAGUUGCUCUUCAAUAUGCUGUCGGUGGCAAGAAAAUUGAACUAUGUGUACCAAUGGACAAUGUCAGUAAAGCACCAAUUACAAUGAUAGAAACAAACUCUCACACUUCUUCUAGCUCUAGUGGAAUCACUGGUACCACAUCAAGAAAUGAACCCAGGCAUACUCUGGAACCAAUGGACGUAGCGGAUUCAUCUGCUUCCCUCGCUGAUUCUAGCGAGCGUAGUUUAUCCCACACACAAUCUGAACCAUUCACAGAUGCAUCCAGCUCUUCAGAACAAGUAGGCACUGCCGCAAGUAGUACUUUGGUUCUUGUAACCGAGAGAGCUUCAAAUGAUGAUUUAUCCACCAGUGAACCACAAGCUUCUUCUUCAUCGACAGAAGAGAUCCAGGCAUCGAGUAGUGAUGCGUCUAGUUCAUAUGGAGCCCCCCUCGCUACCGCUACCAGCUCUUCUUCAGAUAUGAACCUGACAACUUCCGAUUCCAUCUCUUUGUCCAGUGUAGACGCAGACAACAUUGACCCAAUAACCUCUCCACCAAAACUUAAAUUCUCAAGCUCUACGCUAUUUAAGUCACUCGGACCAGAAGAUACUCCCUACCUAGAUGAGGCAGUCAUCAGGGAGUGUAUUGAUAAAGCCAAGCAAAAAGGUGAUCCAAAUUAUCGGGAUUUGUCGACCAAGAUCUGGAUAGUGUUCAGUAGUAUAGAGUCCCUCAAUAGAAGUUUCGUUCUACCUGAAAGCGACAGGUCAGAGAUCUGUAAGAGUACGGGCAUCCAUGUUGAUCUGAAGGCAGUACGAAGAGCCUAUGCCACCUUGUUUGAGUUGGCCCUCGAUCGAGUCACUAAUACAAUGGUGAAUGCUAUUGACAUGUAUCGCAACACAUUCCGAAUGGGCUCCCAGGGCAAUCGCCCCCUCAACCAUCUCGUCAUUCUCAUGGAGAACCCUCUACUACACAGUCCAGAGUUCCUCAAAGCCUUCCCCAAGAUCCUGCAGUCUGUGGCUAGUCUCUCCGUCCCUGACAUGGCGUUGCUGAUAGAGUGGUACUCACACUAUUCAACUGAAGAGCUCACAGACCUUGUCUCCUCCCUGCAGCAGCUUGUCACGAUACAGCUACUCUUCUCUGAUGACAGUGAACACACUCGGCACUAUAUACCUCAGUCUGACUCAGCAGUCACGGCCGCUUCAAGUGCCCUCACGGUCUUCUACUUUGCCAACCUACUGAAAGCAAAACAAGAGGGAAAGAUGAAACUGCUCAAUCCUUCUCUGUUGAGUGUGGCUGCCAAACAGAAAGCCGAUUUUAUGCACGAAGAGGAAACGCCGUACGAGCAGCUCUUGUCCAAGUUUAAAGUCCAUCCCGCCCUUCUUGUAUCGCCACCAAUCGAACUGAGUGAGUUUGUGAAUGAAGAGCUGAACAGUCGAGUCAACAUGAUGCUGGACUAUCACCGAGAUGCAAGAGAUGCAACCGAUGGGGCUGAAUUCUCAUUCAUUCGAAUCCCCUUUGUGCUGAACACGGCCAACAAGAUGGAGAAGAUGAUUCGAGACAACCUGGUCAACAUGUACAGCGAGAGACACAGAGCUGUGAUCCACUCCAUUCUGACUGGGGUUCCUGACAUACCGUUCCUACUUCUGCGAAUCAACAGGGACAACAUUGUCUCAGACGCCCUAGUACAGCUGGAGGCAAUUUCUGACCUGAAUCCGAUUGACCUCCGCAAACAGUUGCGAGUUGACUUUCGUGGAGAGGAGGGGAUUGAUGAGGGUGGCCUACAGAAGGAGUUCUUCCAGCUCUUGGUCGAGAAGCUCUUUGAUCCAAUGCACGGCAUGUUCCUGUUUGAUGAGUCGACACGUCAGCACUGGUUCAAUCCACUCUCGUAUGAGGGGGAGCAGCAGUAUCGGCUCAUUGGGAUCCUUCUGGGACUGGCCAUCUACAACAAUGUCAUCCUGGACAUACGAUUCCCAAUGGUCAUCUACAGAAAACUCAUAGGCUGCCCUGUCGCCUUCGAUGACCUCUACUCCUCACACCCACAAAUUGCGAGCAGCCUCAAGUCCAUGGCAGAGUUUGAGGGAUCUGAAGAGGAGUUUAAGGAGACAUUCAUGUCCAAUUUCCAGGUCUCCUUCUCCGACCUAUUUGGUUCAGUACACACUCAGAACCUCAAGGAGGGUGGAGAUGAGAUAGCAGUCACCAAGGAUACUUGUCAGGAGUAUGUGGACCUGUACACUGAGUGGCUGCUCAAUGAGAGUAUUUCGAUGAGUUUCAAUGCCUUCAAGAGAGGUUUCGACCUUGUCAUGAGUCACACAUUCCUAGCCGACCUCUUCACUGCUGAGGAGGUGGAAAUGCUCAUUUGUGGUUGCCAUGAAUGGGACAUUGACGCUCUGGAAGACAGCACCCGCUACGAUGGGUUCACUCCAAGCCACCCUGUCAUUGUUAACUUCUGGCAGAUUGUGAGGGAGUACUCUGAGGAGCAAAAGAAACAACUGCUAGCCUUCAUCACAGGCUCUGACCGCAUCCCUGUUGGAGGGCUGGCCAAACUCAAGUUAGUCAUUGUCAAGAACGGCCCUGAUUCAAACAGACUUCCCACCGCACACACAUGCUUCAAUGCUCUGAUGCUAUGUGAGUACUCAAGCAAGGAGAAUCUCAAAAAGACAUUAACUAUUGCUAUAUCGUAUGCUAAAGGAUUUGGUAUGAUAUGAGAGCAGCUCUCUACUAGUCUACUGAUUCACUUAUAUACCCCCUUGUAAUCAUGUGUUCAUACGUACUGUUAAAUAAUUAUGCUGUUGUUUUAUAAAAUUAAUAAUAAUUAUUAUCAACUAUCA